UCCGGUUUAAUCCAGACGUUUUACUUAAAUUUUAUUCUGUUGUAUUAACUAGUAAAUAAGUAUAUUAUUUAUAUGUACAUAUAUUUUAACAUCGCAAGUGACGGAUAAUAGGAAAAUUUAUUUUUACUUGAUCAAUAAAAAAGUCGUUUUUGAUUUUUUUUAACGGAAAAUUUAAACUGAUAAGUUUGGUUUUUAUAUUUAAAUUUCAAAUUUUUAAAUUAAUGCGGUACAUCAGGCAAUCGAGUAAAAUAAUACAGUUGCAAUUUCGAACAUUUUUAAAAACAUAAUUUAGACGUAGUGACUUUUGUAAUUGUAGAUAUAUUUUUAAAAUAUAUAUUAAGUAGGAUUUAUUUUAAAUAAUUUAAGGAUUAUUUUUUUUUGACGAGACAUAAUUAGAUAACAAAAUGGUACUGAGACUGCUGAUCCUCUUUAUCGCGCUAUCAACAUCAUCAGCCGAGCAACGAAGACAAUUAACUGCCGAAGAAGAAAAAUGCAACGAAGAAAAUCCUGGUCUGCGUAACAGUUUUUCGUGGAUUGAUUACUUAGUAUUAUCAAUAAUGUUACUAGUAUCAUGUUUAAUUGGUACAUUUUAUGGUUUUUUUUCUAAAAAACAAGAAACAAGUAAAGAUUUUUUACUCGGCGGAUCUAGUAUCGGAACGAUACCGAUGGCGAUGUCUUUAGCUGCGAGUUUUAUAACUGCUAUUGAAUUACUUGGUAAUCCUGCUGAAAUGUAUAGUCAAGGUACACAGUUUUGGAUGACUUGCAUAGCAUUUGUACUAGUGGUACCAAUAACUUCAAAACUCUACUUACCUGUAUUCAUGAGAUUAAGAUUAACUUCGACCUACGAAUAUUUGAACCUCCGAUUCAAUCGUCAUUGCAGAUUAUUUGCAAGUGGGUUGUACAUGUUGCAAAUGAUUUUAUACUCAUCGGUUGCUGUUUACGCUCCAGCAUUAGCUUUAAGUCACGUUACUGGGCUGGAUACUUAUCUUGCUGUCGCUCUAGUCUACGUCGUUUGUAUUUUUUACGCUUCACAAGGUGGAAUGAAGGCUGUUAUAAUGACGGAUACUUUCCAAGGGGUAGUUCUGCUGCUGUCUCUUUUUGUUGUCGUGGGUAUCGGCAUGAGUUUAGAAGGCGGGAUAUCCCAAGUUUGGCACAAAAGUUUUGAAACAGAUAGAAUUGAGUUCUUUAAUUUUGAUCCACGUCCUACUGUGAGACAUAGCUUUUGGAGUGUUGUAAUUGGCGGGACUUUUUAUUGGGUCACUAUGUUCUGCAGUAAUCAAGCAUCCGUACAAAAAUAUCUUAGUGUACAAUCUAUAGGUCAAGUUAAUACAGCACUUUGGGUAUCAUCAUUAGCACUGACUGUUAUUUAUACCAUAAAUUUCCUUACCGGUAUGAUACUUUACAGUGCAAAUAAAGGUUGCGAUCCACUAAACGCUGGAUAUAUAACCGGUCAAGAUCAAUCGCUACCCCUUUAUGUGAUGAAUUUUUUGGGUAGUUAUCCAGGUGUAUCGGGACUUUUUGUUGCUGGUAUUUUUGCAGCUUCUCUUGGAACGGUAGCAAGUGCGUUAAACUCACUAGCCGCAAUUACAUGUGAAGAUAUCCUGCAAGGAAUAUUAAAUAUCCAAGUACCAGCAAAAAGAGGAGCAGCUUACGCAAGAUGGAUUAGUAUUUUCUUUGGAAUAUUUAGCUUUGCUUUUAUUUUUGUUGUUGAACGUCUAGGCGGUGUUUUAGAGGUCGCUUUGUCGUUUAAUGGCAUGGUUGGUGGUGUUACACUGGGUAUGUUUUCGUUGGGAAUGUUUGUACCAUGGGCAAAUGCAAAGGGCGCAAUGACCGGUGCGAUAAGUGCUUUCUUGUUAGUAUUAUGGAUUGGUUUAGGCGCACAAAUAGCAGCUUUUAAUGGUUUAAUUCACAUUCAAACAAAACAAGUGUCCGUUAAUUAUUGUCCUUGUAUUAACGAAACACUUUAUAAUGAAGAAAUCACCGAAGAUUAUUAUGAAAAUAAUCAAGUUUGGUCACUUUAUAAAAUAAGUUACUUGUGGUACAGCUUGAUUGGAUGUUGUGUAACAGUAUUAGUCGGAAGUGCUGUCAGUUUUAUGACAGUACCCCAAGACCUCGAUGAAUUGGACAGAAAUUUACUGAGCCCAGUAACAAAAUAUUAUAUCGGUAAUUCUUCAUCAGCAAUAAAAAAUAAAUUACCAAAUAACAAUAAUGUACAGGGUGUUACUAAUUUAGCCCUCGAAUUAUUCCUUGAAGAUGAAAAAAUAAAUCAAGACGUCACCAAGAGUCCGAAGUAGUCAUCAGUAAUUUUAGAGUCGUCUUCAUGUCUGAGGAUAUUAAUCUCAGGAUUCUCAGGUACUUCUUCACUGAGAAUUUUAAACUCAAAUCGGACAGGAAGUUCAUUCAUAAAAUAUCACGUGACGCCCCAGUAAUAUCUGUCAUUAAUUAUUAAGUGUAAUCAAUCAAGUUCGUGGGAACUGUGAAGAGAAUUGUAUUUUAUUAAUAAGAAAAAAAGUAUUUUAUUAUAUGCAAAUAACUUUAAUUAAUUUUAAUGAGCUCUAAUCAACUCUGUACUUAUUAUUACUGUACAUAGUUUUUAAUUUAAGGAUAUUAAUUGUUAUAAAUAAAUUUUUUCUUACUAAAAGUAACGAAACUAAUAAAAUUUUAAUAAUUAUGUUAAUUCACUUCUUAGUUUAUUUUUUUAUUGAUGAAAAUAAAAAAAUCCGAAAGUAUUAAAAUUUAUAAAAAAAAAUUAGAAGGCUCGUCUUCAAAAUAUCUGGAGACCGGGUAAUUUACUCCCCUCAAAUAAAAGAUAAUUAAAUAAAAAAUUUUCUUAAUAAAUUACUACUAUUACUACUAAUGUCUCUCCCUUAAAUUUAAUCAUUUUAUUAAUUUUACUGUGGACAUAAUUUUUAAAUAAUUAUAUAAAAAAUAUUUUACUUAA